AUGGAUAAAGUUUCAUCGGACUGUCCAUACCCAGGGUGCUUUUUUUGUGUCAUGAAGGAGGGGAAUCCGAGCAAGCGCAGAGCUAGUGUACUGAAAUUCUUCAGGGAACUUCCAUGUCAAGAUGACGAUGGUCAGGUUCUCCCUAUCAGUGGGCUUUGGAACACGGCUAUGGCACAUCCAAAUGAUCCGGAAUUCAUAGAGCUAGGAAUAUUUGAAUGCAUGUCUGCUCUCAUAUGGAAGGGACUGAAGAACCGGCGAUGGCUUUCUCAUGAUCAAAAUAUAUAUAUUCCUUAUUAUGCAGCUCAUAUAAUUGGUUCCUACACAAUGAAUAUGGAGGAAUUUGCAGAAAAUGCUGUGCAUGCUGGGGUCAUUCCUCCCUUGGUUGAGCUUUUAAGAGGUAGAUUAACUUGGGUUGAGCAGAGGGUGGCAGUUAGAGCAUUGGGACACUUGGCUACAUAUGCCAGCACUUUUCCGGCCAUAGCAAGCCAUGGUGAAAUUCUUGAGCUUUCCAUUCAAUUGGCAAUGAGUUCCCUGGAAAUAGUUUAUUCACAUUUUUACCAAUAUGUUGAUAGAAGGCUUAGCUAUCAUUGUGAUCUGCUUACACGUGGUAUGGGUGGUGUAGAAAUGGAGUCCAGGAAGGCUGAGGAAUGGGCUAGUCAGUUGCAGUGUUGGUCCCUUCAGCUAAUUAAUUGCUUUGCUUUUAAACAUGAAUUUCUUCCUACCAUAUGCAAACCUGAAUUUCUGAUAAAAUUACCUGGCAUGUGGGGUGGACUUGUGAACGAGAACUCACCAGCUGGUAUUGGCUUAUUAAGAACAAUUUGUCAUCAAAAGCUUGGUAGGGGACCUGUUGCCAGUUGCCCUGGUAUUAUUGACGCAUUGUGUAAUAUUGCUCGGUCUUCAGAUGAUUGGCAGUAUAUGGCUAUUGAUUGUCUUCUAUGGUUGCUUCAAGAUCCGAAUACAUGUCACAAGGUGAUUGAUAAAGUGGUGCCUGUUUUAGUUGAUCUUGCGGAGAUUACAACUCUGGGUGAUCACAAAAAGCUCGGUGAUUCAAUUGUUAAUGUUCUUCAAGAGUGCAUUCAGUUUCAAGGGUCAGGACGAAGCUCAAUUAGCAAUCGGACUAAAGAACAGAUUGAGGAUAUACUAAAUUCAAAGCAGAGAUUAAAGUGGGAAAAGAAUAUGCCCAAGGAAGAUCUACAUAUUAAGCAAGCCGCUGCUCUGGUUGUGAAGCUUGAAGGAAAUUCUUUGUUCUCAUCUGGAAAUAUUUCUGGAGCUGCAUCAAAAUAUUCUGAAGCAUUGUCUUUGUGUCCUAUGAGGUCUAGGAAGGAGAGAGUUGUUCUAUAUAGUAAUCGUGCUCAAUGCCAUCUUUUGCUGCAACAACCUUUAGCUGCGAUUAGUGAUGCUACCCGUGCACUAUGUCUCCAUAAACCUGUCAAUCGUCAUGCGAAAAGCCUUUGGAGACGAGCACAAGCUAAUGACAUGCUUGGAUUAGCAAAAGAGAGUUUGCUAGAUGCUAUUUUAUUUAUAAACGAGUGCUCUCAGUCAAAUGAUCCUGAUCUUUCACUGAGGCAGAAUAAAGUUCCAGAUUAUGCAGAGCGUUUAGUCAAGAAGCAGAUGCGUGCUGCUUGGUUAUUUCGAGAGGCAGCUGUUAAGCAUGGUGGGGUCCACAGUCAGGGUGAUGGUGGUGAUAUGUAUGGUCCAGAGACUGAUGAUUCUGAAUGGGAGACAGCUAGUGAAAGUGAUAUAGGAAAUGAUGGAAGGGAUGAUAUGGGCGAUGAUGACGACGGUGACUGGAAUAAUGAUGAUGAGAGGAAAGAUUAUGACAAACCUUCAAUGAAAGAUAUAAAGCAUGGAUACAAUGUGCAGCUUGAGGAAGAACCUUGA